AGUUAAAAGCGCCGCACAGUGGCGCUGUGUAGCAGGGGUCCUCGUGUUACUGAGCCUGGGACUCCUUGUUGCUGUCAUCGUCCGGGCCGUCAAGAAAAACGAAAACACCCAGACAGACACCGACUCUGUCAUCGCCAAACUGAAAUGUAAGGGAGGCGACUCUGUCAUUAACACGUCAGAACCAGAAAACCCUGGCGUUUUUGACGAUUUGACGCACAAGGAACUCAAAUCUAUCCAGGAAUACAUCUACGGUGUCUCGGAACUAAAGCUCGCUAGACCUAAAGAAGCGAAAAUAAAUUCCAGUUACCUGUUCGUUUCUGAUUAUUUUCCACCAAAGAAAUCCGAGGCACUACGGUACUUGGACGGAAACGGAAACAAACCGGCGAGAGAGGCUCGGCUGAUUAUUUUUCGGGGAGACAAGACUCCACCCAUUGUCGAGGAGUAUAUCGUUGGUCCUCUCCCAAAACCGACCUAUCACAAGCUUCUGAAAUCAACAGCUCGCAAAAACCCCGUACCAUAUGCCCAUAGACCUCAGGGAGGAGUGGAGCUUGGCGAACUGUUCGGACAUUUGUACUCCGUAAUAGACCGAGAGGUUGGAUACCUUCUGAAGGAGAGCUAUGGUGCGACGUUCACCCACUGCAGAAACAAAUGUUUAACGUCUUUCCUUUCUUCAGUGUCGUCUGCUAUUCUGAACAAGGACGUGAGAAAGAUGUGGAUAUUGGCUAAGUAUGACAUCGAAUAUUACAGCAUUCAGCCGGUUGACAUCGCAUUCCUGGCCAACAUCGAUGGUUCCGACUCGUCGAGGUUCCACAUCGAGACUGUAGUCUAUGCAGACCAGGUAUACUCAAGCCUCCAAGCCUUGGCUGCUGCCUACAAUUCAACUUCUAAUCCGAUUAACAAAAGCAAAGUAGAGUUCCCUAAAUAUGACGAGAAUUUGUUUUCAGCUAUGUUCAGACGUGGGCCUCCUUCCUCCUCUUCUUCUUCUAACAAUCCUCAACGACCUGCUAAAUCUGUUGAACCCGACGGUAAACGUUACAGCAUCAAACACAGCGAAAUCACGUUCCAGGGGUGGAAAUUCAACUUCCGAAUGUCCACCCUAACGGGUCCCCAGAUCUAUGACGUCCGUUUCGGUGGCGAGAGAAUAGCCUACGAGAUCGGUCUUCAGGAGAUCGCAGUCUUCUACUCUGGACAAAGCGCCGCAGAGAGAGCUGCGGAUUACAUCGACAGUGGACUCUUAGUCGGGACGCACGCUGAUGCCCUGGUACCAGGCGCAGACUGUCCAGAGUCUUCAACAUUCCUUCCAACAACAUUUCUAAGCGACACGGCAUCAGAUCCCGUCAGGAAAUCGAAAUCAGUCUGCGUCUUCGAAAUGGACACCGGCAUUCCUUUGCGAAGACAUCUCUCCUAUUCCUAUGCCGAAGGAGGCUUCUACUCCGGGUUAUCCGACAUCGUGCUGACGGUAAGGACAAUACUGACGCUGGUGAACUACGACUACGUCUUAGAUUUCGUGUUCCACCAAAGCGGCGCAUUAGAGAUCCGCACCAUAUCCACGGGCUACAUCAUCUCGUCUGUUUACACCGACAAUAAAGGUCCGUAUGGCUUCAAGAUUCACGACAACAUGAUCGGCAACAUCCACUACCACAUGUUCCACUGGAAGGCCGACGUGGACGUGCUGGGCACGAGCAACAGAUACGAGACACUGGACAUCAGUGCCGAAGACGUGAACAACACGCUGUCGUCCGGACUCCCGCACGAGCUCUACACCCAGAUCAGGUUCAACCGAAGUCUGAAGCACAACGAGCAGGAGGCGCUGUACAAGUUCGACUUCAACCGUCCGAAAUACCACGUCUUCCAUAACAACGAUAAGAAGACCAAACACGGCGUUCCAAGGUCGUACAGGAUUCACCUGGCUGGAAUGGCGAAACAGUUGAUUCCCGAGAACAAUGGUAACGAGAUGGCGUUGUCGUGGGCGCGGCAUCAGCUGGUGGUCACCAAGCACAAGGACGACGAGCUCUCUAGCAGCUCUUGCUAUGCCUUGUUCGACAACCGACAGCCCACCGUGCAUUUCAGCAACUUCACCGACGACAACGACAACAUUGUUGAUGAAGACCUGGUGGCCUGGAUUGCUAUGGGAGUGCACCACAUACCUCACACAGAGGACCUACCGAUCACGCCCACGCCUGGCAGCCAUCUUGCUUUCUUCCUCCUUCCCUACAACUACUUUGACGAAUGUCCCUCCAUGCGGUCGCGUGAUGCGAUCAGAGUGGGUCUGAAGAAUCGAGAGAAACCAGAAGAGGGGGUCGUUGUCAAUAGAUACGGGAACUCCAGAGGUGUCGAGUGUGAAGCAAACUUACCCAAUUACGACCAGGAAGUAAAGGAAGAUCCCACGGCUGUUCUGCAAAACAGUCGCGAAGGAUCUGGAUACAGCUAGGUCUUGCAGGAGCUUCACUCCAGCAGAUAUAUCUGGAACUUGCAUCUGUCUAUAUUCAGUAUAUAUACAUUUGUAAUACUGCUCUGUAAUAGCAGAAGAAAAGGUGCAUGACUUGCGUUUCGAGCCAUCGGUAAACGUGACCAAAGGCAGGGGCCCACGGCAGUUUCUUUACUAAGUUAAAAGACUUCAAUUAUUUGUGAAUCUUCGUCUGAGAUUUUUGCAUUCCAGACUCUAUGGUCAUAAAAAAGUGUUUUGUUUAACGACACCGCUAGAGCGCAUUGAUUAAUUAAUCAUCGGCUAUUGGAUUUCAAACCUUUGGUCAUUUUGACAUAUAGUCUUAGAUAGGAAACCCGCUAAAGUUUUAACAUUAGUAGCAAGGGUAUCUUUUAUAAUCACAAUUCAACCGACAGGACAAGCGCAUACUACGGCCUUUAAUAUAUCAGUCGUGGGGUACUGGUUGGGACGUGGGAGGGGGGGGGGGGGGGGGGGGGUCGGAGAAUGGGUCCAACUAGGGGGGUUCGAUACUGCGACCCAAGCACCUGAUUGUUAACGUUUUGCUUACAUUAUCAGUUUUGGCAAAUCCAGUUAAAUUUGUUUCUGGUCGUUUUAGUGUUUAUAGUGUAUGUAGCGCUUCUUAACCCUUAAAUGUGUAUUCUUGUAGGUUUCCACAUGACUUUAUUGUUAUGAUAAUGAAACAUCUAUGGUUACGUUUGAAAAAAAACCCUUAACAUAAACACGUCAUUAAAUAUAUAAUUAGACUUUAUCUAACAUAUUAGAUAUAAUAGAUAUCAAACAUAAUAUAAUAGAUAUAUAAUAGCGGCACAUAAUACAAAUUAUAUUGGCAUGUCAUAAAUGUGUGAAUGUGGGAGUCCACUGUUCGGAUACAUUUGUUGUAACAAGAAAUAAACGUAAAAAAAGAGAAGAGAAAAAAAGUCAAAACAUUUAAGAACUGUUCUGUGAUGAUGUUGAUUCUGAUGAUGACUAUGAUGAUUGUGAUGACGAUUAUGGUGGUGGUGAGAAUGACAAUGAUGCUUGUAAGGAUGACGUCGUCGAUAUAGUUUUGAAAAGACGAUUUGACAUAGUGCGAACUGGUCCUAUGAACCACUCGCAUCUGCUCUAUCUAUAAGAACACUCACAUCCUUCCCACUCUGCCUACAGGACUGCAACUCAACCAGAACAACAUCCUUCGCACUCCGCCUACAAGAGGACUGCCACUCCCAUAACAUCACAUCCUUCCCACUUCGCCUACAGAAUGAUUGCCAUUUCCCAGGAGAACUCACCCUUCCCAUGUAGGACUCCCUCUCCCCGGGACAACACACUUCCCGCUCCGCCUACAGGAGGACUGAAACUUCCCAGGACCGGUCGCACCCAGAACGAGUUUUAACGGACCAACGGCGACGUGGAAGACCACUACAUUGACUUCUCAGUCACUAACAGCUAACCAAGAGAAAAACCCGAGGGGACUGUCAGGUGCCUGUUUUACAUUGCGAGGUGGAGUCCCACACUAUUAAUGAAUGAUUUGAUGGAAUUGAUGAAAUGUUAACCACAAACCAAAACAAACAAAUAUAGUAAGGUAUGUUUAUUUCGAUAAGGGUGUCUGGCGUACACAUUAAUAACGAAUAUUUAAUAAUCAUUUGUAAGAGACAAAUUAAAACUCUGUACCGAUAUAUCAAUUCACUUUCUAAAAUUACAUUUUGUACUGAAAAACAUAAUAACAUAAUAAUAUUUUUUAAAAUAUUGAAACCUACCACAAAAGCGUCAAACGUUUUUGUCUAAUUAUUGUGUUGUUUUCAAUAAAAGUAUGAGGUGUAUUACUGACGAAAA